AUGGCUUGUCGUGAAGGACGCCGUAAUGUUAUGGAAGUUUGCUCUGCUCUGUUUUUCAUAUGUUCAUCAUUGGUUGCGUCCAUAGAUGGUGUUGUUGGUACUGGCCACAGCUUAUUCAAGGAUUUCCCCAUAUCAGUACUAGAGAGGCAUGUCAAAGUCUCCAGACACCUGCCAGUCUGUGUUAUUUACAGGAAAGACCACCUUGGAUCCAAGCUUGAAGAAACUGUGUAUGAAUUGUGGGUAAGCAAAAGGAGGGCCCUGUCAAAUUUCAGCUCUUGGGAAGUGGGCGCCAUCACGAUAGGCAAGACAGCAUCUGGCAGAAUUAGUGUUCGUGAAGUAAAAGUGUUGCCAAUAUUCCGCUGUUACUUAGGCACCACUGCUGUUCACGACUAUGAGGGGAAACCUUCUCGGACAGGUUUGACGAAGUGGAUCCAGUCUUUGGUUAACUUACAGAGUAAACGACUUAAAGAAGGAACUGUGAGUUUAAUAAACAGAGCUGUCCAAACAGGAAAUAAUGUUUUACUGGGAUUUACCAUGACACAAUAUCAUGAACUUGUGGAAGAAGUCCUUUACCAGAUUGCAGAUAAACCCAGUGCUUACAUAGAAGUGUUUCUGGUACACCAUCAUUCAACAGACAGCAGGUCCCUCCAAGAACAAUAUAGCAUCAAAAAUAUACCUGCGAUUGUGUAUCAUGGAAGGACAGCCGAUGGUUCAGUUGUCAAAAAGGCAUUUUCUGAGCACGAUUUGAAUGUAAAAAGACUGGAGCUGUUUCUGAUGGCUGUGUCAAUUCCAGCCGUACACAUCACUAUGGCGAAUUUUGAAGCUGAGGUUCUCCAGGUCAGAGAGGAUUAUGUCCCAAUAAUGAUUUGUUUCUAUGCUGCCUGGGCCAAUGACUCACUAUCUCACCUGUCAACAUUUAAGAGAACAAUAGGAGAAUUAAGGGAUGCUGGGGUGAAGAUGAGGUAUGGCAUUCUGGAUGUGGCUGUGGGUAAGGCAGCCGUGUCUCGUUGGGUGAGGGCUUCAUUUUCUGUUCAUGUCCCAUUUACCUUGAUAUUUCACCUCUCAGAGUCUAAAGUUGCUCAGUCCUCCAUAGUUUUGUCCCCAUCAAUUCCCUCGCCAUGGAGAACAUACAGCCGCCUGAUAGAGCUGGGUGUAAACCUGACAGAUUGUAAUGGCCAAAGUCUAAAGUCAGUGUACCUGCCAUGGAGUCUCAUGGGGCAUCAUAACCAGGUAUCCCAUGUGUUUGAAGGUCCCUGGGGAUGGAUGUGUACAGACAAUAGCCAUAACUUAACAGACACAGUCCCAUAUGCACAGAGGCAGCCUUCCCAACGGCAUGACAGGGAGGAGCCUAACAACGUGUCUCCACUACACAGUUCGUCUACUCACAUUCAGUAUGACAGUGACAGACUAGAAUCUCGUCUGGAUACGCUACACGGCAUACCAGUUCUUACAAACUACAGCUGGGAGGACAUAAUCCUUCGUUCCCACGCCCCCCAUCAUCCCCUGUACCCAGGGGGAGUCUGGAAGGGGGAGGUCACUAAGAUUUCUCUGGUUAUUUAUGUCAUGGAUGGUUGUGGAAGCUGUAAAAACAACAUGCACACCUUCUCAAAACUGAAAAAUGCUAUCUCAUUCAUAGAUGGAGGAAGUGUGUAUUUGGUGAACUGUACGGCAGACAGAGAGCUGUGUAAGGACCAUGGUGUCACAGGGUUUCCCACGCUGUCAGCGUAUCGGGGGUUGGGUUGGCUGGGAGCAGGGCAAUGUGUGGGUGAUCAGGGUCUCUCUCGAGAGAAAUACGUCAGACUGGAUUAUCAUGGUGUCCUCCUGACUCAGCCAAUAAUUGAUUGGUUCUUAUCCCUGACAGUUGAGACUGUAGACAAUAAGAAGUUUGACUUCCCUUCACUGCCAAUGAUGGAAGAUGUAAGGCUGGUUGCUAGUCUCAUGCCAAAGAUGUCGCGCUUUUUACCGAUUCCACCUGGGCGAGAUUAUGAGUAUUACCUCCCUUACACAUGCUUUCGUUUGGCUUGUGAGAGACUGUUUGGCCUGGCAAAGUGUUACUCAGUCUAUAGUCAGGACAUCCCGCUGUCUGAGUUUGCUAGUCAAGACAUACAGCUCAUUGUAGCAAAGGUUUCUUUGGUCCGGAAGGAUGGUGUGGAGUUGACUCUGAUGCUACUGGGAAAGUCAUUGCUUGCUACACUAGUGGACCAGUCUGAGCCCAGAGCUCAGCAGUACCACAGACUUCAUACCCACAGAGCUCAGGAGUACCCACAGGUGAGUACACAGGAUGGUGUGGAGUUGACUGUGAUGCUACUGAGAAAGUCAUUGCUUGCUACACUAGUGGACCAAUCUGAGCCCAGAGCUCAGGAGUACCCACAGGUGAGUACACAGGAUGGUGUGGAGUUGACUCUGAUGCUACUGGGAAAGUCAUUGCUUGCUACACUAGUGGACCAGUCUGAGCCCAGAGCUCAGCAGUACCACAGACUUCAUACCCACAGGUAUGAUCUGAAGCCUGCUCUGAAAUGUGAGGAUGACCAUACCCGCUGCACUGAGUUUAUCGUCAAGGUUACCAGAGACCACGCUCGCUUACCUGUCACUCAAAUGACAUCAACGCUCUUUCAUACCAAAAACAGUUUGUUUGCCGAUGCCGGACUACCUGUAUUGAUAGCAUUUGUUCACCAAGAGAAUAUCACAGCAAACUCCCCAUUCCAGCGGAUUUUAACCUCUGUGGGGUAUGAGCUAUACAAUGAGGUAAUCACUGUGACUGUGGAUUUGGGAGAAUUCCCUGGAUGGGUAGGACAGUUUGUUCCCCUGGGGUAUUACAGUUCAGAUGGUAUGGACAAGGUCAACCUUUUCGUGUACCCAAGACUAUGCUUAAUCUACUGGAGCGAUCAUCACAAGGCGGCUUUCUACCCUCCACUGGAGGGGACUGAUUACACUGAGGCUUACCAGUUUACCAAGGAAGGGAUUGUGGACUUCGCCAAAGCCGUUGUUAAAUCCCCUAAUAUGUUCAUGGUAGCUACGGAACAUUUUUAAAAGCCUUUGCCGGCGGUGUCGAGGUGUGUAUUGUUCACUAUGUCGUUUGGAGUGUCUUCACGGGCUCCCCGUUCGGCCUAGGAAUUCCUCACCUUGAAGAUGGCCUGCUCUGUAUUUGGCGAUCAUGCCAGAGACUUUAAACAGAGCCCAAUAAACACAGCGAGAAAACAAAAACCAGAGACUGGAAAGAGCCGGUGAGCAUACACCCUCCACAGAUGAUGCAAAAGUUACUCUUCAGCAUGUCUUUCUACCUGACCGUGUAUUUAACUUUGUUUGUUUUUGAAUUUGUGUGUACACACACAAGGAACGGGCGAUCGCUUUGAUACAGAAUAUCUAAACAAGAUGUAUCCCAAUCAUUCCCUUGAAUCUGAUUAAGAGGAAUAGCUCAUUGUAUUUAUGAACACGUUUCUACAUGGUGAAUGUUAAAAAGUAACAUAAAACAUGUUGCUUUGCUCCCAUGGUGAAGGAUAACUUUCACUGUAGAUGUGAUUUGGACAUGGUUUAUAUCUAAAAAGAACCCUCUCCUUUAUGUAUGUAUAUGUACGAAUUAAGUAUUUAUAUUAUAAUACUCAGAAGUAACACUACCCACCCACCCCAUUAAUGUUUAUUGUCUUGGGUAAUAUUUUAAGGAAGAAAAAAAAAGUUGUAUGUAAAAGUAUUAUUCGUGAAUAUGUGCCCCCUUUCCACGGUUUGUAUCAGAAUACGUUACUAUAGUCAAAAGUUGCUUUACGUCAGGAGAUUUGUCAGGUACCUGGUCAAGGGUGGUUUCUCCCGGUUUCCGCUCUCUUGUAUCCACACGUACACCUGACCACCGAUAUAUGAGGGAUACAGUCUUUAUAUACAGCAUGUGAGUUUCUCUUCGAAUAUUAUUUAUUCAGAGCUUUACUUAAUCUGUAUUCACGUUUGUGUAUAUUACUUAUAUACUCUUUGUGAUUAUAUCCGUUUUACUGAGCAUGUAAAUGGGUCUUGUUCCUGUCGGUAUUCAUUGAACUGAACUGUGAAAUUUACCCCAAGCAAAUAACUAUAGGUCAACUUCCAUCCUGUUUGUAAUACAUCCGUGUAUUGAUUUAUUUGGAAACUCUUUUGCUUCCCACUUCCAGUGUAGUGCAAAGAAAUACCUGUCUAAUCUCAUUUUAUAUCAUUAGAGCUGUAUUGAAAAGGGUUUUACAUUAUUGUGAAACAUUUACAUUGUGAAACAAUUGUGACAUUCAGAUCUCGAAAGAGUGUAUAUUAUAUAUCAUGUAUAUUUUGUGUAUUUUCAGCAGUAUCUGUGUUGCUUUUUGUAAUAUUUACUAUUUACAUUUUGUC